UUGUUACUUUCAUGGCCCCAUCUUCAGAUGACAAGGUCCAUUCUUCUUCAUGGUCACUUACUCCAGUGCUUUCCCCAGAAGAAGAAGAAGAACUUAAGGAGUAUGAGUCAGGAAACAUCAGCCCACCACUGUGCCUGUAUUUUGCUGCUCGAAUUAUAGACAAAAGGCAAAUUUCUCGGUUGUCCCAGGUGCUUUCUUUGGAAUACCCUCUUCCAGAUGGCAUGAAACACCUGAAGAGAGUUCGGGCUCAGCUGCCUCAUCUUGAGAUCCUGCUUUGUCCUGCCACAGUAGAGGGGAAGAUUAACUUUUCGAAAGAUGGCACUGCCAACCGUGCUGAAAACAAUGAGGCUUGCCGCUCAGAAAUUAAUGUAAAGGCUGGUGACACAACUCAGGUGCCUUCACUUACAGAAAUUUUCAAAGAUGGCCCCAUCGAAUUAAGUGGUUUGGGGGAACCGUUUGUGGUUUCAGUCCCAUUGCGUGCAGCAAGGAAUCGUAAGGAGCAGCAAGUCUGGGCAGGUAUUUGGCCUAGCACUUACCAUGCAAAGCCUAAGACAGUGAACCUGGAAGAAGCCUGUCAUGGAGGAGGAGUGCCUGAUGAGGAAAAGUUAAGAAUUGGUGGUCACAUGCGCAGGGCUGUGGAAGCUGCACAGUGGAACCAGGCUAGAGGAGGGAAAGGUAUUGGCGCUGUUGUGGUAGACCAGGAAAGUGGGAACGUUUUGGCAGUAGGGACUGAUCAAACUGGAGAAAAGGGAGGGCCGCUGCUUCAUGCUUGCAUGGUGGCAAUAGACAUGGUGGCCCGCCAACAAGGAGGAGGUGCGUAUGAAUGUCUUGUUGGACUGGAAAUUGAGCAACAAAUCAAAAAGUACAAUGUAACCACAAAGGCUGGGGAGCAAAUGGGGGAUGAGAGGGAGAACAGGAAGCGUACAAAAGAAAACACUGGACAUUGUAAUGGAGAGUUGCCAUACUUAUGUACUGGGUAUGAAAUAUACGUGACACAUGAACCUUGUAUCAUGUGUUCCAUGGCGCUUCUCCAUUCUCGUGUGUCCUGCGUGUACUAUGGAUGUCGCUCCCCUGGAGGUGCACUGGGAGCUUUCUACAGACUUCACUGCAGCCCUGGCCUUAACCACAAGUUCCUUGUUUUCCGAGGGGUGAUGGAAAAUGAGUGCCAAGCUCUGGUUUCUGGGGCAGAAAUAUGAACUUUAUCUUCUC